AUGUCGCAAAUCCACGCCAUGUCCGACGACCAGGUCGCCUCGGAGCUGCGCAAGAUGACUGCCUUCAUCCGUCAAGAAGCCCUGGAAAAGGCCCGCGAGAUCCACCUCAAGGCCGACGAGGAGUUUGCCAUUGAAAAGUCCCAGCUCCAGGCCAACAACAAGCUCGCCGACAUCACCACCGACGACGCCAAGUACCAGGACAUUCUCAAGAACCUCAUUCUCGAGGGUCUCUACGCCUUGAACGAAGCAAAGAUUUCCGUCCGCUGCAGGUCAAAGGAUGAUGAUGUUGUUCGCAAGGCUGCCGACGCUGCCCAGGCAGAGUACAAGGAGAAGAUGAACGGCCGCGAGACUGAAAUCAAGAUUGACGACAAGGACAAGCUGCCUGAAGAAACAUCCGGCGGUGUCACCAUCAUCAACUCGACCGGCAGAAUCGACAUCAACAACACCUUCGAGGAGCGUCUUCGUCUGCUCCAAUCCGAGGCCCUCCCCAGUGUGCGAGCCACUCUUUUCGGCGAGAACAAGAACAGAAAGUUCAGGGAUUAA